GACCUCGGCCCCGCGCCCCACUUUCUGCCUGCCCCGCACACACGGGCGGCGAGGCGCAGCGAUGGCGUCGGGGGGCCUCGGGGCGCCCGGGCGGCUGCCGCUGCUGCUGCCGCUGCUGCUGCUGUCCUGGGCCGCGGGGCGCGGGGCGCAGGACACCCCCGAAGGGUUCUACUACGGCACGGCCUACUGGAUGCCCUCGGAGAAGACGGUGGUGGUGAGGAACAUUCUGGACAAAAACGGCGAUGCCUACGGCUUCUACAACAACUCCAUGCACAGCACAGGCUGGGGCAUCCUGGAGAUCCGGGUGGGCUACGGGGCGCAGACCCUGAGCAACGAGGUCCUCAUGUUCGUGGCCGGCUUCCUGGAGGGCUACCUGACCGCCCCACACAUGAACGACCACUUCACCAACCUCUACCCCCAGCUCAUCAAGAAGCGCUCCCUGAUGGACAAAGUGAAGGACUUCCUGGAGAAGCAGGACGCGUGGACCCGGGACAACAUCAAGCAGGCCAGGGAGGACCCGUUCUGGAGGCACGCGGGCUACGUCAUGGCGCAGAUGGACGGGCUGUACCUGGGCGCCCUGAGGAGGGCUAUGACCGAACGCAUGAAGCCCCUGACGAUGUUCCAGAUCCAGUUUCUCAACGCUGUUGGAGACCUGCUGGACCUGAUUCCUUCUCUCUCUCCCUCCAAAUUCCCCGGCAUGAACAGGAAGAGGUGGGACAUGGGGCACUGCUCUGCGCUCAUCAAGGUCCUGCCCGGGUUCGAGAACAUCAUCUUCGCGCACUCGAGCUGGUACACGUACGCAGCCAUGCUCCGGAUCUACAAGCACUGGGACUUCAACCUCAAGGACAUGGACACCAACAGCAACCGCCACUCCUUCAGCAGCUACCCAGGGUUUCUGGAGUCCCUGGAUGACUUCUACAUUCUCAGCAGCGGCUUGAUCCUGUUGCAGACCACCAACAGCGUCUACAACAAGACCCUGCUCAAGUUCGUGGUGCCGGAGAGCCUCCUGGCCUGGCAGAGGGUCCGCGUGGCCAACAUGAUGGCCAGCAGUGGCCAAGAGUGGGCAGAGAUCUUCUCCAAAUACAACUCUGGCACCUACAACAACCAGUACAUGAUUCUGGACACGAAUAAGGUGAGGCCGGGCAUCAGCCUGGACAGAGGCACGCUGUACAUCGUGGAGCAAAUCCCCACCUUCGUGGAGCACUCGGAUCAAACCGAAAUCCUGCGCAGAGGGUACUGGCCGUCCUACAACAUCCCCUUCCACAAGAAGAUCUACAGCUGGAGCGGCUACCCGCUGCUGGUGAAGAAGCUGGGCCUCGACUACUCCUACGACCUGGCCCCGCGCGCCAAGAUCUUCCGACGCGACCAGGGCACGGUGACCAACGUGAAGUCCAUGAAGUACAUCAUGCGGUACAACAACUACGAGAAGGAGCCGUACAGCAAGGGCGACCCCUGCAGCACCAUCUGCUGCCGAGAGGACCUGAGCGCGCUGAACCCCAGCCCCGGAGGUUGCUAUGACACCAAGGUGUCAGACAUCUUCCUGGCAUCCAAGUUCAUCGCCUACGCCAUUAGUGGCCCCACGGUCCAGGACGGUCUCCCCGUGUUCAGCUGGAGGCCGUUCAACAGAACUCUCCACCAAGGCAUGCCCGAGCGCUACAACUUCGACUUCGUCCUCAUGAGACCCCUCUUAAAUGAGUCCUAGGAGCUGGGGGGGGGGGGGGGGAAGAGGGCAAACACGCGCACACACACACACACUCACCCCACACACAUACGGAAGGUAUUAUUUUUUAGCUGAGGUUCCCCCCCAUCAGAUCUACUGUUAAUCACACGUUAUUAAAUUCCCUUUGAUUUC